AUGAAGAAGCGCAUCACAGGGGAGCUGCAGGUGCCCACCGGCGUCCGCUACGCCGACGUGCCGCAGCAGAAGAAGCGCGGCGGCGGCGGCAGCGGCUCGGCGCGCGGCGCCUCGCAGCAGCCCGCCCUCCUGCAGAAGCUCCCCGGCGGCGUCGGCGUCGCAACGCCGUCGGCGCCCAACGCGGUCGCGCUGCAGAUCGCCGUCUUCGGCGCGCUGGCGGCGUGGGCGCUGGCGGGCGCGCUGCUGGAGGGGCCGGAGGCGCAGGCGGCGGAUACCGGCGGCCUGCAGCUCGCGCUGGCGGGCGCCUUCAGCAUCUAUCAGCUGCGGGACGCCAAGCGCGUGUCCAUAGGCCGCGCGGCGGGCAUCACGUUUGGCGCCAUGGUGGCGGGCAUCAUGCUUGGCGCAGGGCUCAACGCGUGGCUGCAGAUUGACAUCGUGCCCAUCGGGAACUUCGCCUCUCCAGGCGUCUUUGUGACGCUCUGGGCGAUCGCCGCCAUCGCCGCCGGCUGCUUCUUCAUCGUGUGA